AUGGGGGAUGAGAGAAACAAGAAUUCAGUGAGCUCUGAAACUGGGCUAGUUUCGGUUGAGGCUAAGUACAAUCUUCCAAAUUUUCUUCAAUCAAUUAGGCUCAAAUAUGUGAAACUUGGGUACCAUUAUAUGAUUAGCAAUGCAAUGUAUUUGUUUUUGGUUCCUCUUUUGGGAGUUGUUUUAGCUCAUGUUAUGACCAUUUCAGUGGAGGACUUAGUUCAACUAUGGGAUAAGUUGAAGUUCAAUCUUGUCACAGUAAUUUUGUUUUCUGCUCUUGUUGUUUUCUUGGGGACACUUUAUUUCAUGACAAGGCCUAGGGAAGUGUACUUGGUUGAUUUUUCAUGUUACAAGCCUAAGCCUGAUGUUAUGUGUAGUAAAGAACUAUUCAUGGAUAGAUCAAAAAAAGCCGGGAUUUUCACUGAGGAGAAUUUAGCCUUUCAGAAGAAGAUACUUGAGAGGUCGGGAUUAGGACAGAAGACUUAUUUCCCCGAGGCACUCUUGAGAGUGCCCGCGGAACCUACUAUGGCUGAGGCGAGGAAGGAGGCUGAGAUGGUGAUGUUUGGUGCCAUCGAUGAGCUGUUGGCGAAAACCGGGGUGAAGGCUAAGGAUAUUGGGAUACUAGUGGUGAAUUGUAGCUUGUUUAAUCCAACACCAUCACUUUCUGCUAUGAUUGUUAACCAUUACAAGCUGAGGGGAAAUGUUAUGAGCUACAAUCUUGGUGGCAUGGGGUGUAGUGCUGGACUCAUUUCUAUUGACCUUGCUAAACAGCUAUUGCAGGUCAAUCCUAAUUCAUAUGCACUUGUAGUGAGUAUGGAAAACAUAACACUCAAUUGGUACUUUGGAAACAAUAGAUCAAUGCUUGUCUCAAAUUGCAUAUUCAGGAUGGGGGGUGCUGCAAUUCUUCUGUCGAACAGAUCAUCAGACCGACGUCGUUCCAAGUACCAACUCAUCCACACUGUACGUACACAUAAGGGCGCGGAUGACAGGAGCUAUGGCUGUGUGUUCCAGGAAGAGGACGAGAAGAAGGAGAUCGGUGUUGCCCUGUCGAAGGACCUAAUGGCG